AUGACAAACCAAAUCACCGACUCCGAAUGGGCCGACAUCCUCGCCCACGAGCUCCCUUCCCAAAACGACCCCAUCCUGCAAAAAUACCACGCCGCCCGCACCGCCUUGGUCGCCGAAGAGCAAAAACAGCGAUCGGACGCCAUCUUCCGCCAAUCCCUCUCUCCCUUAGCCCGCAAAGCAUGCACCAUUGUCUCGCGGAUCCGUUCCCAGGAAAAGUCCGAGAUCUGGACGCCCGAUCUGGAAGAGCAGCUCGCGCGCAAGGAGGAAAACAACGGCAUCAUCAUCCACCCGGGCAUGAUGUUUACGCUCGCCAAGGAGACAAUGGAAUCCACGAAAUUGUGGAAGAUUGUGCGCAAAAUGCCAAAGGGCGCGCUGCUGCAUAGUCACUGUGAUGCCAUGGUUGAUUUUGAUUUUUUGCUGGCAGUGGUGUUGGAGACGGAGGGGAUGGGGAUUGCCACACCGGAAAAGGGGGGGCUGGGGAGUGAGGAGAGGAGGAGGGAGGGGGGAGUGGUGGUUAAGUAUGUUGGUGAUUUGACGGAAGGAGGGAAGAAGGGGAAGGUGGAUGCGAAGUUGAUUUGGGGCGGGAAAGGGGAUGAGGGAGGGGAAGUGUAUGAGCCGGGGACUUUUGUUAACUUGGUGGAAGCGGCGGAUGCGUUUCCCCAGGGUGGAAGGCAAGGGUUCUUGAAGUGGUUGAAGAGUAGGUGUAUCCUGAGCCAGACGGACGCGAUCGAGCAGAGACAUGGGUCGGCGGAAAUUUGGAGAAAGUUUAUGGGGUGUUUUGAGGUUAUUGGGUCGAUGCUGCAUUAUGAACCGAUCUGGAGGAGGUUUUUGAGGAAGUUGUUGGAGCAGUUGGUGGAGGAUGGGGUUUAUUGGGUUGAGGUUCGAUUCGCCUGGCCACUAGGUUACUGCCGCCUCAACUCCACCGUCCCAGAACCCGAUUACACAGCCAUGUUCACCGUAAUCGAAGAAGAAGUGGCCGCCUUCAAGCGCACCCCCUUGGGUGCCCCCUUCUGGGGUCUCCGCAUGAUCUGGACCACAGUCCGCGCCUUCGGCCCACGCACCAUCAUCCAGUCCAUGAACGAUUGCAUCGCCACCAAGCUCUCUUUUCCCCAUCUAAUCGCCGGCUACGACUUGGUGGGGCCCGAAGACGCGGGCCGGCACCUGACGGACCUGCUCCCGGAGCUCUUCUGGUUCAAGAAACAAUGCGCCGCCGAAGGCGUGGAAAUCCCCCUUUUCUUACACGCGGGCGAAACCCUGGGCGAUGGCGACGCAGUGGACCAUAACCUAUUCGACGCUCUGCUUCUGGGCGCAAGACGCAUAGGUCACGGGUUUUCGCUGUAUAAACACCCGCAGCUGAUCAAGGCUGUGAAAGAUAAGCGGGUGCUGAUUGAGAGUUGUCCCAUCUCCAACGAAGUGUUGCGGUUGACGGGGGAGUAUCAUGCAGCAUCCUUUGCCGGCGCUGCUGGCGAGAGGUGUGCCGCGCUGCAGGGGUGGGAGAACUUGGGUUUGGCGGGCUUGGGAUCGUUGGCGGAGAAUUCAGUCAGGUGGGCGGCGUUUGAGGAUCAGACGGCUGAUGAGUGGGCGAGGGAUGUAAGGGAGGCGAGUAUGGGAGGUGGUGUCAAGGCGGAGAGGCUGAGGCAGUGGGCGACUGAGUGGGAGAAGUUUUGCGUGUGGGUGGUCGACGAGUAUGGGGAUGAGUACGGUGGUGACGAGGAGGCGUGA